CCGUCUGGGGAGCACGAGCCCGCGGGUGGCGCGCAGCGCAUGGUGGCGGCUCCUCUCGGAGCGCAGCCGACCCGCUGACCCGGGCUCCGUUUCCCCUGACCAGCGCGUCCCGGAGGCCGGCUGGAGGCCGAAACAGCAGCAGCAUUAGCAGCAGCAGCGGUCGCGGCUGCUCCGCCGCCGCCGUCUCCGCGGGAGCAUGGAGUGCGCCCUGGACGCCCAGAGCCUGAUCAGCAUCUCCCUGCGCAAGAUCCACAGCUCCCGGACCCAGCGCGGCGGCAUCAAGCUGCACAAGAACCUCCUGGUGUCCUACGUGCUCCGCAACGCGCGCCAGCUCUACCUGAGCGAGCGCUACGCCGAGCUCUACCGGCGCCAGCAGCAGCAGCAACAGCAGCAGCCGCCCCACCACCAGCACCAGCACCUCGCGUACGCGGCGCCGGGCAUGCCGGCCAGCGCGGCCGACUUCGGCCCGCUCCAACUUGGCGGCGGCGGGGACGCGGAGGCGCGCGAACCUGUCGCCCGGCACCAGCUGCACCAGCUCCACCAGCUCCACCAGCUGCACCUCCAGCAGCAGCUGCACCAGCACCAGCACCCGGCGCCCAGGGGCUGCGCGGCGGCGGCGGCCGGGGCGCCCGCGGGCGGCGCGGGGGCGCUCUCGGAGCUGCCCGGGUGCGCCGCGCUCCAGCCGCCGCACGGCGCGCCCCACCGCGGGCAGCCCUUGGAGCCGCUGCAGCCGGGUCCUGCGCCGCUGCCGCCGCCCGCGCCCACCGCGCUCUGCCCGCGGGACCCUCGCGCCUCGGCCGCCUGCUCCGCGCCCUCCGCGCCCCCAGGGGCCGCCCCUCAGGCGGCUACCGCCGCCUCCCCGCCCACCUCCCCGGCCCCCGCCUCCUCCCCCGGCUUCUACCGGGGCGCGUACCCGGCCCCCUCGGACUUCGGCGUGCACUGCAGCAGCCAGACCACCGUGCUGGACCUGGACACUCACGUGGUGACCACGGUGGAGAACGGCUACUUGCACCAAGACUGCUGCGCCUCCGCCCACUGCCCCUGCUGUGGCCAGGGCGCCCCGGGACCCGGCCUGGCGUCCGCCGCCGGCUGCAAGCGCAAGUAUUACCCAGGCCAGGAGGAGGAGGACGACGACGAGGAGGACGCGGGCGACCUGGGGGCCGAGCCCCCCGGGGGCGUCCCGUUCGCCCCCUGCAAGCGCGCCCGCUUCGAGGACUUCUGCCCGGACUCGUCCCCGGACGCGUCCAACAUCUCAAACUUGAUCUCCAUCUUUGGCUCGGGCUUCUCCGGGCUAGUGAGCCGACAGCCGGACUCCUCUGAGCAGCCGCCGCCGCUCAACGGGCAGCUGUGCGCCAAGCAGGCGCUCGCCAGCCUCGGCGCCUGGACUCGAGCCAUUGUCGCCUUCUAGGGACCCCCGAGGGCACGGGGACCCGGGGCCCCGCGGGGCUGGGGCCAGACAAAGACUCGGCCAAGGGGCGAGAGGAGGGAACGAACGGGCGCCCGGCCACUCGGGGCUGAGCUGGGGGCGAGUAAAGGGAGAUGGCUGAUGUUUUAUAAAUUGUAAAAUAAAAAAAAAAGAAAUCUAA